AUGGAUAGACACAACUCAAAGAAAAAUAAAAGAAGAGAGUGUAGAAAGGAUUCUUCAGACAAUGAUAGCAGUCACAUGGAUUCUCUGGCAAGCUCUUCAAGUUCUAGUAACAAAAGGGGCAGAAGAGGGAAACAGUCAGAUCAACAUACAUCAACAUCGAACCAGCUAUUGAAUUCAGAGAUUGAAAAUCCCAGGUCAAACAAGGGGAGCAGUAAAGGUGGCAAAAACCAAUCUAGAAACAGACGAAAUAGAAGCAAAAAGAGUUUCAACUCAGAACGUUCUGACCAUUCUACAGAGCAGAGUGAGGAUAUCCUUUUAAAGUUCCUAUCAAAAUUACAUAGGUUGAGCUUAAAUUUAACUGUUGAUAAAAGGACUAAUUUUUUGAAUUAUAAUUUAGUUUCCUUAACGAGCUUACAUAUUCCAGGGUUCUACUAUGAUCCAGAUAAAAAACGAUAUUUCAAGAUUAUGGAUAAUGCUAACAUCACUAGUGCUGUAACAAGGGAGACAAUUGCCAAAGAAAAAUCAGAAAAGAAAAGACUAGAAGCUUUACAGACACUUUCUACUACCCAAAAAUGUGAAUCUUUGUCGGAUUUAACAAAUCUUUUGUUUAAUUCUCGACAGGGGGAUAUCAGCCAUUUAAAUUUUAGGAGAACCAUGUUGUUGAAUCAUGCCAGGAAUCUAAGACUAAUAAAAUCUCAACCAUUUUUUGAAAAUCCUGUCCACGGACAUGAAAAGGUGGAACAUAUGAUAAAAAUGAUAUCAAGUCCUUCUCAUGAUAAACUGUUGUGUCUAUGGUCCAUGAAGGAGACCAUAAUGCAGCGUUUACAACUUGUGCAGUUAUCAAGAAAAAAACGUGACAGUGAAAAUCAGAGAUUAUCUUUGAAUGUUCAACCACGUGGAACAACAGUUCUACAGUCGUGGAGUAAGAUAACAAACGUGUGCUGGGCGCCAUUUCCAAAUUAUCCAGAAAGACGAAAUAUUUUAUACACUACAAAUUGUCACAGUACAGGACAAGCACUAGCAUUUAUCAGAAACUUAGAUGCCACUUCUCCACGAGACGUGGCCUUCUUUGAUUUCAGUAUUGGUAACCAAGCAACUUGGACUUGUGCAUGGAAUUAUAACACUGAGAAGUUUUCUGUGGGUGCUGAAAAAACAUGCUUAUUAAUAGAUGUAGAGACUCGGAGACUCUGGGAGUUAAAUACACUUAACAGUGAUCCUUUAGCUCAGACUUUCUCUUCUUGUCACCUACUGUACAGUGGUACGAAGAAAGGGCAAAUUGUUACCCAUGAUUUACGGAGCAAGUCAGUCCGACCAAUAAAAUGUAUUUCGCAUAAAUCCAGUAUCUCUCACCUUCUACUUUCCACUGAUGAUAAAUAUUUAUAUGCUAGCGACUAUUCUGGAAAGAUAAAAGUAUGGGAUAUGAGAAAGAACAGUGUAGUUAUGCAGUACGAUGGUUUACAUAAUGAAUAUAAGAGAAUCCCGUUUUAUAUUGACGAAUCUAAUACUCUUCUGUAUGGAGCGGGUCAAGACGGCUAUUCUAGGAUUUGGUGCCUAAAAACUGGUCAAUUGUUACUGAAUCUUCCACCACCCUGUUCAACAUCUUGGGACACUAUACCCUCCUUACAAUUUUCAGGAUGUUGGGCUAAAGAACAGGGCAAUUCAGGUUUAUUGAUGGGAUUAGGUGAUAAACUCUAUCUAUAUUCAAGUUGAGCUUUGUUGCAUAUUUCAUACAUUCUGUAUGUCAAAUGGAUGAAGAUAUGUGAUUUGGACACAAUAAAUAAAUUGAUGUUCAAAUUGUGAU